AUAAACGCCGUUUUUUCAUGCUCUCUGCCGCCGCCGCCGCCUGUUUUGCGGGUGUGGUAAACAGACAGUGCAAAUUUGCUUCCACCGCCUAUCCAUCCUCUCCACAUACACAUUCACACACGCGCUGCCGUAGCCAACGUUUUGGGGUUUGUUUCAAUCUGUACGUGCCUUGCCUCGGUUGGCUUCAAUGGAGACGCUACCAUUUUGUGCGAUUUGUUUCGACUAUCAAAGCAGCUUCCAUUGCUGAAACGGACGGUUGGCGAGUUUGGUUGUGCUUUUUUUUUUAGUUGUUGUCACAUUCAGCGUGCUAUUGUAAUUGGUGCAUCGGGAGUAAAAAGUGGACCCCACAUCGCCGUUGUGUAUGCAAGUGGUGGGCGCACAGUAUGAAAAGGUGGUUACUUCGAGACGGAUGUAAAGACAGCGAAGAGGAGAGAAAACAACGGAUGCCUUAAUUUGCCCACCGGAUGCUGUGUCCGCCAGAGCACGUUUUAGUUGCAUUCCUUUCGGUAGAAAAUUGCAUCGCUGAGAAUUGCAUAUCGGAGGGGGCGGUGCUUCGUACGUGUGAUUGAUGAUGCUUCCUUUGCCCAUGCUUCGCUGAAAACGACCCUCUGAUGACUGGUUGAGCAGUGCUGAAGCGUACUCGAAGCAGACAAAAUAGGAUCCAGAGCAAUCAUCUUCAUUUCAUCCCAUAACCAUAGUAACCGAAAGUCACGCGCGUUGAUACGAUGGAAGACAACACCAUAAGCAUGUUUAUGGAUGUAAAGUUGGACAUCCGCGAAAGGAAGCUGGAGUUUUCCCACAUGAAGUCCUGGUCGCGGUACUUCGUGCGGGUCGAGGCCGUCAAAUGCUUCCCGUGCUAUAUGCGCAUCUCGUUCUUCUCCUCGCCCACCGAUCUUACCACCGAUCUGAUCGUGCGGAUCAACAUUCCCGGCCUGACCGUACAGAUGGCUACCUCGCGCACGAAACAGCACUCGUACGGGCUGUUCUGGAAGAACAACCGCAAACGGUGCUGCGCCUACUUCGCCCUGGAAACGCAGCUCCUGUGCGAGCGGCAUCUGCGCUGGAUGAAGAAAUCGAUCCGCAAUCUGGAGCUGUACCGGCAGGAGAUGAUGCAGCUGCGGCGUGCCAGCCGAACGCCGAUGUACGAGAUACGGCAGGAGAUGCAACCGCUCGACCCACUAGCCGACGGAGCGGGAGCGGCGGGAGGUGGAACCGAUGCGUGUGAUAAUAUGGGCAUCUACCAGAACCUCGACAAUACGCAGAACAUUAUGGAUUUGCAGGAUAUACUGGGCCCAUUGCCUACCGUACCGGUGGCGGUGGUGGCGGCGGCGCGGACGGACAGCAGCGCGGCGCACAACUGGUCCCGGCGCAUUUCGGGCAUGUCAGGCAUUUACGAGGAAAUUCGUGACGACCUUGCGGCCGGCAAUGCAUCGCGCCUAUCGCGCGCAUCGAUCGCUUCCGGCAUCUACGAGGAAAUGAGGCUCGGCCCUGCCGGGGCUAGCGAGCCGAUCGGGGAGGAGAUUAGCACACCGCCGCCACCGUUGCCACCGCGUAAGCGUUUAAAUACGAACGAAGAUUUCGAAGAGCUGCAGCGUUCGUACACCGCGCCGGAAGUGGAGCUAAUGAAGAAGAAGCGUCACCACUGGCUACGGUUAGAGUCAGUGUUUGGCCGCAAGCGUACCACGAGCACGAACUCUCAAGAUUCGGCCAAAAAGAGCACGGGCCGGAAGGAAAGCAAAGCGGACACGAAAUCUCCUACCGCCGCCGCCGGUCCAUCCUCCUCCUCUGCGGUGGUGCAUCGCGAUAAGGUGGGCCAGUUGCGGUUGGUCGAAAAUAAGCGGAACAGUUUCUCCAGUCCCGACUUAAGCCGGUUGAAGGUAAGCGAUGCACCGGGCGGCGGCCGGUACGAUGAGGAUGGUGGGGCUGGAAAUGUUUCCUGCGACAAUCUGUCCGAUGGCGUUGGGUCGUGCACGUCGGAGUUUUUUCUGCAGCCCGAUAUCGACUACAUCGAGGAGGACUGUUGCUUCGGGUCGUCCGAGUACAUCAAUAUGUCCGGUGUGUCGUUAUCUUCCGAGCCACCGGCAGCGGAAGGUGACAAGAAGCAAGACCACCAGCCGGAAGGUUUCAGUACAGUUCUACCGGAUAUGAGGCGCUUGAACAUUUCGGAGCGUGUUUUUGAAGGAUUUAACGGUUCGGUAAACUCAUCCACGGUGAAUCUGGUUGGUUGUGUGGCAGCGAUCGCUGGGAAUGGUUGUGAAACGGAAAAAAGUUCCCUGCCGCAAGCAUCCCUCGUGGAGCGUCAUCCACCACCGAUCAGAGAGUCGGAGCUAGAUGGCUAUCUGGAGAUGGGCCCAGUCGGGACCGGGUUUAACCGGCAGAAGCUGUUGGAUGACGCAGUAAUCUAUAGAAACAAUCCACUGCCAGCGGAAGGUGCGCGAUUGUGUGGUCAGCAAGAAAACGAAGAAUCCAUCUACAUGAGCAUGGGAGGGACGGAGGAGAAGCGGCUGCCGGAGCCCAUUCGAUCGAGUUCUACCAGCAGCAGCAGUAGUAGUAGCAGCGGCGUUAGCAGUGCAAGCGAGCAAAGCUACACCAACUCGCAGGACGGUACGGCAAAGCAUCGCUGCUCGGUGGAUGAUAAAAUUCCGUCCUACUAUCCGAACGCCGAUCUACCCAGAACACCGCCCACGGUGAGUGGUGGAAAGAGUAAAUGUGGUGGUGCAAUUGUUUGCAGCGAAAGGGAUCGAAUGACGACCACUCCACCCGCUGUCACCACGCUCCCACGAACGGUCCGAUCGGCACAACGUGUCAUGCCCGAUGCAACGGUAGAAGCACACGAUCGCAUUCAAGCGUCGUUCCGUACACCGAAAGGAAACUGUCGGCGACUGCGUACAUCACAUGGCACGCGCCUUCCAACGAAGGAUGCCGCUCCCCAUGCGGUCGAGUGUGUGUCGAGCGGCGGUUCACCCAAGCUGUACCAAAAGUAUGCAACCCUUGCACGGAUCUCUUCCCCGCCGAGCAGCAAAUGUAUGGAUGGUGGGAAACAAUCGCUGGAAGCCAAUGUCGAAAGCGCAUGCGGAUCGCCAGCUGCUCCGACGCCGGCCAGCAACACACCGGUUAGCAAGCGGUUCGGAUCGCUACCACGCUUCGGUAAAUUUGAUCUAUCGCCUUUGCGGUUGAAAAUUAACAGCGUGUUGCAGCGGCACAACUCCGGCAAUCUGUGAUCGGUUUGAGCCGCGCAAUCGGUUUGUCCCGCGUAAUCAUCCCACCGGGAACGUAGCUUGUGUGAAAGGUGGCACACACACACUGCACAUUGCAGUGUGGAAAAUGUUUGUGAUUCAAUGUACUUAAACUGCUCAACACGAAACAGUGCUUGUUAGUUAGCUUUAGGAGUUUUUUUUGUUCAAGGUUGCAGAGUGUUGUUUUAAAACAGCAGUUUGCUUGAGUCUUUAAGAAUCUCGCUUUAGUCGUAUCGCUAUGCUGAAAUUGUUUCCAUUACACACAUUUCUCACACUUUGCCUUUUACAUAUCUUUAGCACGAUCUUACAGCAGCUAUUAAUGCUAGGCGAAACCCGUCGAUUUUAUUACGUUAGAAAUAAUGAUAUUAAAUAAUGAAUAGUGCUAUAGGGGAAAGGAAGCAGAAAAAGAGAGACAGGGAGAGAGCUUUGAAGCGCCAUCACACCAUUAUAAGUAACAUUUUAGCUAGCUAGCCCAUUUAUCAUUUUCCAUUCUCCAACGAUGGUGCUUUUAAUAGAUAUCGAAGAGAGUUGUUAGAAUAAGAACGUUUUUAUCUAUACUGCAUGGUGCGCUACAAUGAGCUUGCUUUGGUGUUAGGUGCGAUAAGCACAUUGACUUGUGAUUGUCAGCAGCAUUGGCUUUGCAAAGCAAUAGCGCGAUUUAAAACGGGUGCGAUACGAAGAGAAAUACGCAUAUCGGAAGCGCAUAAUCAUUAGAAGUGAAAAAAACGAGAAGAAACAAACAUACAAAAUAAUUCAUGUUCAAUUUGAAACAAAAAAUGAGGAAACAAUUAGCCCACUGUAAGAAAGAGGAAGUCUAGCCAAACGAAAGACACGAUUGUACUUGUAGGUAGAUUUAAACUGUGAUCAUCGCCGGCCUGCAACUGCAGCCAUGGGGCGAUCCUCGUCUUAUCCCUCCGGAACCGCAUCGCAAGCAAAUGUAUUUCAGCAAUCAUCAGCGCACAGAAAGAGUGGAAGAGAAAACAAAACUGCAUCUAAUAUGAUAAGAGUGACAGCGGAAUCUCGUCGUGCAAUUCCUGCCCCUAUAUUUUAACAUUUUUAACUCACACGCCGCUUGGUUGAACGCAGGAGCAGAUUUUAGCAGAUGAAGAUUAACAAGCAGGAGACACUUGCAUAUCAUGCCGCGGAUUCAUACGGUUGAAGCGCUCCAGGAAAUUCAGGCUUUGCAAAGAAAGCAAUGUAAUUAUAUCGGCAAUGUAAUUGUGCAUGAGCAAAGUGUAGUGUAGCUAAUUGUGAUUGUAAACCGCCGCUGCUCCGCUGCCGCCACGCAAACCGCAAUCGUACCGAACAAGUACAAACAAGUCGUAAAUUUUUGCCACGAAAAAGGGCUCUCCCCAUGAUGGUGAGGUGUGCUGUUUUUAUUGUGGUGCAACAUUUUCGAAGCAACGUUUUAAACAAUAAAGGCAAAAUUCUGCUUAG